GUUGGCCGUGCCUCUAGUCCAACCCGUUGAACGUCAGGUCAUCAAGAAGGUUGACUGGCCUUCCACAGAGACCACGACUAGCAUCGGAUUCUAGUGUUUCAAGGUCAUUACCCGAAGAUGUCCAUGCUCCUGGAGCAUUUGAGCGACCACGGCCGGCACCAUUAAUUCUCCGUUCAGACGACGAAUAUUUUUCAACAGGUGCAAGAUGAUGGUAACUAUAUUUAUUUCUAACGUUAUUUUAACUUUUUGCUGGUCGGACAAGUUCACAACUAAAAGUCUUAUUUGUGAUUCCUGUAAAUUUGUUGUCGGAUUCUUUGUGGUGCACCGUCUCACUGUACUUUGUUCGUUAGCAAUGUGUCAUAUUAUUUACAUAGUUUGUGGACUAUCCCUGACCCCCUUAACUGGAAUUCCUAGUCGAACAUGCAGGUCGUGGUAGUCAAUGCGCAGGUGUAUCUACGAGGAAUCUAUAUUCACGAAUUUCACUGAGGCUAGAGACAAGCAUUUCGUUGAAUAGGUAUUUGAGGCGUAUGCCAGUUAGGGGCAAGUAUGGACCACACCCCACCUCCUUCCUCAAUUGGAACAUCAUACGCGGGACUCAAUCUCGGGCUGUUCCAAAUUCGGUGGCGAAGUCCAACAGACACAAUCCUCGAACGUCGUACUGACA